CUCUCUCUCACAUUUCUUUAUCUUUAUCUUUCUUUUCUCUUUUCUACUGAAAUUCGUUUGUUUCGGUAGUCGUUAUGUAUGAUACCAUGUUGUCUUAGAUAUAUUUGAUUGACGGUCUGUUUCAUGCCGAGAAUGUCUGGGAAAGGAGAGGGGAUUAAUGUUUUCCUUUACCACAUGAAACCAAUAGGGAAACUAUUGAGCUGAGUUAGGGCCAUGGCCAAUACUGUCAGACUAGAUAAUGUGAACUGUGAAGCAUACUAAUUGUAUUCCUGUAGUUAUUUCCUUGUUGAAUUUACAUCAGUAAUAUGAGUACCAUGCGAUGAACUGUGAACGUUUCAGUACUUUUAUGAACAUUAUUGUAUUUAUGCAAUGAUCCUAUCAAAAAAUCUAAUGGCAAUAUUCUUAAUUUACGCUAGUCUACUUUUAUGAAUAUUCAAGAUUUCAAGAGAUAUUCUGGUUUGAAAAACGUCUUGUUAAUAUAUAAAUGGGUCAUUUUAUGUCUCAUUUGGUUGUAGAGAUGAGAAAUUCGUGAAUGGUAGUAAAAUAGUUUGUAAAUACUAAUGAAAUAGUUUGAUUUAAGAUGUUUUAAGGAAUUUUGGAAAAUAAGAGAGAAAUAGUUUGAAUAAAAAUAUUAUAAAGUUAAAAUAUUAUUAGAAUAUAAGUUUUUAAUAGUAUCUUUGGUUUGGGAUUUGAAAAAGUUGAAUUGUUAUUGUGUAUUAUUUGGAAGGUUGGCAAAGUUGUAAUGAUUAGAUGAAAAAGUUGAAAAUUUGAAAUUAAAAAGUAUUUGUGUUUGUGGUGUUUAGAUGUGGAAAUGAGAUGGGAUGAGACCAUCUUGCAAGCCAAACGGGCCUUAGUGUUGUUUUCUAGUUUUAGAUUGUAUGUAGUAUUGUUAUAAUCUGGUUGAUUAAAAUAGUGAGUUCUGAAUUAUAUUAUUUUGGCAACUUCAAGACCGAUUAAUCUGAAGAAGAUUAUCAAAGUUGAAUGGAUGACGUAGAUGUUCUGUAUAAAUAAAUAAUGUGCGUGUGUACUGUUGUGUCAGAUACUUUCUAAGUCGGUGCACUAAUAUCAGGAAACAGCACAACCAGGUGUUGAACUUGCCCAUCAUAUCAUAUUAUAUGCUCUAAGCUACAUUCCUUAUAGUUAAGGUGUGUGAGUGGUGAUCAGAGUCGAAUUAUUGCUGACCUCUUGAAGUGUAGUUUAUCUAUAUAGAUAUAUGUCCCAACUUUGGUUGGAAUGGUAACACGUUAACUUUGGUAGUGAUAUGAAAGUUCCUCUCAGCACACAAAACCUAACGUAUGGAAAAAGUGAGAAGCACAAAGCAGGUCUCAGAAUGUCUUUUGAUGAGUAGGAUAAAGAUUUCAUUAAUGAUGAAAGGGGAUGUUCAGUACAUAAGAAGUACACUUAACAGUCAAAGGUGAUAGAAUGUGAACUGGAGCAAGAAGAGACAGCCUGUCAAGAAUCAAGCUAACAUCAGAAUCUCAGGUAAUAGUUUGCUAGAUUUGGUUUAUUCUCAUCAUGGACAUAGAUCUUAGGCUACCUUCUGGUGAGCAUAUUAAGGAAGAUGAAGAAGCAAAUGCAAUUGAUAACAUCUUGAAUGGUGAUGAGAAACUGCAUAAUGGAGAUGUAGAGGGUGACCAUAAGGUUGAUGUUGGAGUUGAGGUAUGCAUUGAAGAUGGUGGAGAUUUGAAUUCUCCCACGUUGGAUAUGGUAGUGUUUAAUGAGGAUAUGAAUCUUGAGCCACUUUCAGGUAUGGAAUUUGAAUCACAUGGAGAAGCUUAUUCAUUCUAUCAAGAAUAUGCUCGGUCUAUGGGAUUCAACACUGCAAUACAAAACAGCCGGCGUUCAAAGACUUCAAGAGAAUUUAUUGAUGCUAAAUUUGCUUGUUCUCGAUAUGGGACCAAGCGAGAGUAUGACAAAUCCUGCAAUCGACCACGCACUAAACAGAACAAGCAAGAUUUGGAAAAUGCAACUGGUCGACGGUUAUGUGCGAAGACAGACUGCAAAGCAAGCAUGCAUGUGAAGAGAAGGUCAGAUGGUAAAUGGGUUAUACAUACUUUCAUGAAGGAGCAUAACCAUGAGCUACUACCAGCCCAGGCUGUGAGUGAACAAACAAGAAAGAUGUAUGCUGCAAUGGCUAGACAAUUUGCCGAAUACAAAAAUGUGGUUGGUCUCAAGAAUGACAAAACCCCAUUCGAAAAAGGUCGCAAUUUGGCACUAGAAGCAGGAGAUGUCAAGAUUUUACUUGAUUUUUUCACACAGAUGCAAAAUAUGAAUUCCAAUUUCUUUUAUGCUGUAAAUCUGGGAGAAGAUCAACAACUGAAAAAUUUUUUCUGGAUUGAUGCCAAAAGUAGGCAUGACUAUAAGACUUUCAGUGAUGUAGUGUCAUUUGAUACUACUUAUGUCAAGAACAAAUAUAAGAUGCCUCUUGUUAUAAUUGUUGGGACAAACCAACACUAUCAAUUCAUGUUGCUUGGAUGUGCCUUGAUAUCAGAUGAAAGUGCAACAACAUUUUCCUGGUUAAUGCGAACAUGGCUGAAAGCAGUGGGUGGGCAAGCUCCGAAGGUAAUGAUCACUGACCAUGACAAAACCAUUAAAUUAGCUGUUUCCGAGGUCUUUCCAGAUGCUCGUCAUUGCUUUUGUUUGUGGCAUAUAUUGGGGAAGGUUUCUGAAAAUCUUGGUCAUGUAAUCAAACAGCAUGGAAAUUUUAUGGCAAAAUUUGAAAAAUGCAUCUUCCAGUCAUGGACAAAUGAAGAAUUUGAAAAAAGGUGGUGGAAAAUUCUUAAUAGAUUUGAACUCAAAGAGGAUGAAUGGAUGCAGUCACUAUAUGAAGAUCGGAGACUAUGGGUGCCAACAUACAUGAAGGAUGUGUGUUUGGCUGGGAUGUCUUCAGUUCAGCGAUCAGAAAGUGUAAAUUCCUAUUUCGAUAAGUAUGUGCACAAGAAGACCACCAUACAAGAAUUUGUGAAACAAUACGAACCAAUUCUACAAGAUCGGUAUGAAGAGGAAGCCAAAGCAGAUUCUGACACAUGGAACAAACCACCUGCAUUAAAAUCUCCUUCCCCUCUGGAGAAGAGUGUCUCAGGGGUGUACACACAUGCAUUAUUCAAGAAAUUUCAGGCUGAGCUUCUAGGUGUAGUUGCUUGCCAUCCUAAAAAAGAAAGACAAGAUGACACAAUAACUACUUUCCGAGUUCAAGAAUUUGAAGGGAGUCAAGAAUUUAUUGUUAUAUGGAAUGAAAUGAAAUCAGAAAUUUCCUGUAUAUGUCGAUUGUAUGAGUACAAAGGUUAUCUUUGUCGGCAUGCAAUGAUUGUUCUUCAAAUUUGUGGCCUUUCUGCCAUUCCACCCCAGUAUAUUUUGAAACGGUGGACGAAAGAUGCAAAGAGCAAGCAUUUUUUGGGACAAGAAUCGGGACUAGUGCAAUCUAGGGUGCAAAGAUACAACGAUUUAUGUCAUCGGGCGAUGAAACUGAGUGAAGAGGGAUCUCUUUCUUCGGAGAGUUACAGUUUUGCAAUCCAUGCACUAGAUGAAGCUUUGGGAAGCUGUGUGGAUAUGAAUAAUUCUGCUAAGGACCUUGAAGAAGCUGGCACAUCAGACACUCAUAUUCUACUUUGCAUGGAAGAAGACAACCAAAGUAGAAGUAUUGGGAAGACAAAUAAAAAAAGGAAUCCAACAAAGAAAAGAAAGGUGAACCCUGAAUCUGAUGUUAUGACUGUUGGGGCACAAGACAGCUUGCAGCAAAUGGAGAAAUUAAGCUCAAGAGCUGUAACCCUUGAUAGCUACUACAGUACACAACAGAGCAUGCAAGGAAUGGUACAACUGAACUUAAUGGGACCGACACGUGAUAAUUACUAUGGGAAUCAACAGACCAUUCAGGGGCUGGGGCAAUUGAACACAAUAGCACCAAGCCAUGAUGGUUAUUACAGUGCUCCUCAAAGCAUGCAUGGGCUGGGACAGAUGGAUUUUUUCCGAACACCAACUGGCUUCUAUGGCAUUCGAGAUGAUCCCAAUGUGAGGGCUGCACAGAUGCAUGAUGAUGCAUCCAGACAUCCGUGAGAUGCGCAACUUUCUCAUUAUGAAGGUGGGGCUUAGCUAAUGUCUACUAAGAAUGAUAUGUAUCAUGCCUUGUAGAAGGAAGGAUUACGGUAGAGCACCUUCCUUUGUUGUCUAUAAAUUAUAUGAUAAGAUGGAAUAGGCUGUUGCUGUUUAUUUUCACCAUUUUCUUUCGAAAUUUCCCCGAGAGUUGGAACAGAUUUGAGGUAGGGUUGCAUCUCUUGUAAAAGUUGUUGUAUUGAUGAUCUGUGACUGGUAAUUCUAGAUAGGAGCAAUCGAAAUCAGUGUUACAUAACGAUUGGCUGAUCAAUGUAUUUUGCCACUCCACAAGUGGUAACAGGAGCAGGAAUGUUGAAAAUAGUUCAAUUUGAUGUCCAUUUCUAUUUA